UCUGAUGGGUAAGGGAGUUGUUGGGGUUCUGGUGAAGAGACCGAGGAGAGCCACCCUGCACAUUUCUUGGGAUAGAGGCACCAGUACCUCCACGGUAGUCUAGCCACUCGUGCUCAGCUCUCCUGCCACCUCCUUUCAUUCCUCACGAUUCCGUAGCAUUACCUUUAGCCUGAGCCCUAGCCGUUGCUCGUACAGUCGCAUUACUGUAACGUAGUUGAGUUAGGAUGUGUCGCUCUUGCUGUCACUGUCCUUGCUCCGGAAUCUUGCAGAGUGAGUGCGUGUAGUUUUCACUUUUAGCGAUCAGGAUGGAGUUGGGAUACGGAAGUCAGCUUUCUGAAGGAUGAGACAAUAUCGUAUGUGGGGUGGAUGGCGUUACUCACUCGCUAACAUCACAUGACACGCUUUUCAUCACAAUGUUGGCCUCGCACUUUGUCGGUUAUGAAAAACUGUAGGCUGGCGAUCUGAGUAGGAAGGCGGGUUGCGUAGGCAGUCACCGGCUGAAGGCUUAGGUUGAUUCCAGCAGACUUGGCGUUCGCUGAAUGUGGGUGUAGCGUUUCUCAGCAGAGACGGGGUUUUGGAAGUGCUUGGCGGCGGUUUUGACGGGGCUGGAGAGGUGAAGGUAUUCCUGAAGGGUCUUUCGAAUUGGCAUUGAGGAAUUUCUAUCGAAGACUACAUUGUCUUCGGUGAAGGUUUACGAGCGAAAAGUGUCCACGAUCGAGUUUUUCUUGGCCACGCCCGUCGCCUCUGGUUAAAGCUGGAAGUUUAAAUCUACGGAGCCUGCUCUGCUUGGGAGGACUUCGAAAAGCGUCACAUACUAUCUAUCAAACACUUCUUGUUGCACAGUAGAAGCAUUCAGACGUAUAAGCAACGAGUAAUCUUCUUAAUUUUCGCAAGGAUAAAUAUGGGGAAGAAAGGGAGGUGGCUUACUUCUGUCAAGAAAGCUUUUCGACCUCCUAUCAAAGAUGGAGAUGAUGAAGAAAAUGAGCCCAAGGAUCUGGAUCUUUUUGGUGACAUUCGUCCUCUGGCGGUGGACAAGCCAAAGCCCAAACCUCGGCGGUGGAGCUUUGGCAAGUUAGCGUUGUCAGAAGACAAGGAGUCGGAGAAGAGAAAAGACGAUGCUAACCAAAGAGAAGCAGUUUUGUCCAACAGCAAAUUUGCUAUGUACAUGUAUCCAUCCCAAGAAGAAUGGGCAGCCGUGGUUAUUCAAACUGCUUUUCGAGGUUACCUGGCCAGGAAAGCGUUACGUUCUCUGAGGGGUUUAGUCAGACUUCAGGCUUUUGUUCGAAGCCACAGAGUGAUGCGACAGGCAACUACCACCAUGAGAAGCAUGCAGGCACUUGCUCGCGUUCAGGGUAGAAUAAGAUCUCAUCGUAUUCGGAUGUCGGAUGAAGGUCUAGCUGCGCAGCACCAGAUAUGGCAUCGGGGUCAGCCUUUAUCCAAAAAAGCUUCGGACGGGCUGACUGAAGCGGGAUGGAAUGAUAGCAACCUAAGCGCACAGCAAAUCGAGGCUAAAGUACAGGAAAGGCAAGUGGCGGCUCUCAAACGAGAGAGAGCUUUGAACUAUGCAAGAACUCAGCAGCUCCGAAAGGUAGCGCCAAAGCAGGUGCUACCACUGUUCAUCGAGUGUGAAUCUGAGAAGCCCCAUUGGGGAUGGAGCUAUAUGGAACGAUGGUCAGCAUCCCGGCCCUGGGAGAACCGCAUCUUCGAAAACCCUUCAGUUUUCAAAGACGUCCAGGAUAGUCAAGUAACCAAGAGCUUUGACGUAAGCUCUACAAAGAAUGUGAAAGACGCAAGGCGUGCGAGUCUGAAUGCGACUCCACCUCCUCAAGUCCGAGCAAGCUCAGACUUUAUCAAAGCCAAAUCGGGCGAACUUCCUAUGAAUGCACAUGGCCUUCGAACCUCAGGACUUCUCAACAGCCAAGGUCAGCCCAUUCCCGGUUCAGGUUACAAGCAGUCCCGUGCUACCAGCCCCAGAAGUGACCAUCAAGACGAUAUGGAUGAAGACAGGACUGGAGGACUAGCUACAGCUCGAUCUACAACAGCCAUUCUUACGGAUCCUCAGUUCGGGACUCGGUAUAGUAACACUGGUCCUGUUAAGAAUGGUGUUAUUGUUGAUAACGAGGUGAAGAGCCCCCCUAUCGUUGCCGGCCACUUACAACAAACGCAGAGUGUAAGGAACAAAGCUAGGGCUCUGAGCCAGCCCAAGCAAAGGCCAGGUGGAGUUGGUGGGUUCAAGACUCCUGCAACCAUGAAGCGGCUGUCAUAUCCGAAGUCAGAACUCGCUGUCACUCCAAGACCUGAAGACGGGAGUAAUCCUAAGUUUUCUGGCCAACUUGGAAAGCCUUCGAAUCCUAAAUUGCCUGCCCGUCCUAAAAGUGGUGUGCUUCCGGGACCUACCCAGUAUAUCUAGAUAUCAACAAUGGCCUCUUAUGGAUCCAAUUCUGACCCAUGUGAGAGUUCAAUUUCUGAUUUUUAAUUUUUCUUUUUCUUUUUCUGUUGAGGACACAGGAUAAAUGCUCUCAAUUCGCUUCCCGUGUUUACUUUUCCUGUAGAAAAAGAGCAAACGCAGAAGUGAUGCAUAAGGUUUGUCAUAGAUCCUGCUGAUCAUUUCAUGUAUUUCUGAGAUUCAUUAUUUGUAAAACUUUCAGCUGGUUACUGGGUCUAUUGGUUUAAUAAAUGUAUAUGACAUCUCUUUUCCUC